UCCUUCUAUUUGCCAAUUUUAACUUCGGUUAGGUUGCUCAGAUUAGGAGAAGCAAGUGAGGGAAGCCAUGUCUUCUUCAAACGGCGUCAAUAAUGAACAACAAAUUUCUGGUGCAGAGCCGACUCACGAGGAGCAUCGCGAGAUAGUUGGUGAAGAAGGGUGGUAUAUACUUGAUGAAAAUCAACAACAUGUUGGUCCCUAUGUACUUUCAGAGUUGCGUGAACAUUUCUUAAAUGGCUACCUCUUGGAAAGUACCCUCGUCUGGUGUCAAGGAAGAAGUGAAUGGCAGCCACUGUCCUCAAUCCCACUAUUGUUUUCGGGAAUUUCUCAACCCGAGGCUGCUUAUUCCACUGCAGAACCCAGCAAGGUUCUCAAGCAUCAUGAUCAGGUUGGGGGACAGGAGGCAAUAGAAUCCACCGGCUUGGAAAGGGCAUCUUUUCCCAGCUUUGAACAGGAAGCACCUUCUAAUGUUGAUGAUGAAUUUGAGAAAUGGAAGAGAGAGGUUAGAGAGGCAGAGAUAGAGGCAGAGAAAUUGAAAAACGGAUCUGGUUCCAGCAAUGUUGGUGCGUACUCUGGGGUUGAUGAUCAUGAUGGAGUUCCAGAAUCCGUGGAGGGGGAGGAAGAAUUCACUGAUGAUGAUGGUACUACAUACAAGUGGGAUAGGAGUCUUAGAGCAUGGGUUCCUCAGGAAAACAUGCCAAGUGGAAAUGAGCAAUAUAGGGUGGAAGAGAUGACUUUCUUGGAAGAAGAAGAAGUAUUGCCAACUGUGCGUGUUGCUGAUACAUCUGUAAAGGAAGAUGCUGUGGAGGAUCAAGUUAAUGGUGCCAAUAAGGUAGCAGAAACAAAACAUGAUAGCAAGAGAAAACAGUCAGACAAGGAAAUGGAGAAGAAGCUUGUUUCCUUUUCACAGGAAGCUAACAAACCUCCUGAUACUUGGUUUGAUUUGAAAGUCAACACCCAUGUUUAUGUGACUGGAUUGCCUGAUGAUGUCACUGAGGAGGAAGUGAUGGAGGUAUUUUCCAAGUGUGGAAUAAUCAAGGAGGACCCCGAAACAAAAAAACCUCGUGUUAAAAUCUAUGUUGAUAAAGAGACUGGAAGAAAGAAGGGUGAUGCUCUUGUAACAUAUCUUAAGGAACCAUCAGUCUCUUUGGCUAUUCAAAUAUUGGACGGAGCUCCUUUUCGUCCAGGUGGAAAGAUCUCUAUGUCGGUCACCCAAGCUAAGUUCGAGCAGAAAGGGGAUAGGUUCAUAUCCAAGCAAGUAGACAACAAGAAGAAAAAGAAGCUUAAGAAGGUUGAAGAGAAGAUGCUUGGCUGGGGUGGCCGGGAUGAUGCAAAGGUGACAAUUGCAGCUACUGUAGUUCUUCGUUAUAUGUUCACCCCUGCAGAAAUGCGGGCUGAUGAGAAUUUACGCUCGGAAUUGGAAGCAGAUGUUCUAGAAGAAUGUGUAAAGCUUGGUCCAGUGGACUCAGUCAAGGUUUGUGAGAAUCAUCCACAGGGUGUUGUUUUGGUAAAAUUUAAGGAUAGGAAGGAUGCUCAAAAGUGUAUAGAUUUGAUGAAUGGCCGAUGGUUUGGUGGUAGACAAAUCCAUGCCAGUGAGGAUGAUGGAGUAGUUAACCAUGCUAUGAUCCGGGAUUGGGAUGAAGAUGCUGCACGACUGGAGCAAUUUGGCGCUGAACUGGAAGCUGAUUAGAUUAUGUAUAUUAAACCCUGCUAGAAAGAUAAUUGUGAAGUCAAUUUUGUGUUGGAACUUUUCUUAAUUGCAUUUUCCAUACCAUAGUUAGAAAAGAUUUCUGAUGGCAAUAAUUCUUGUAAAGUUGAGAUGCUGCAGGAUCUGGGAAAUGUGCUAAGUUGCUUUACAUAUUUAAUGUGACUUAUCCCACAGGCGAUGGGAGAAUGUAGUGCUGAAAACGGGGCUCUCGAAAAUUCCCAACAGUGAAAAUUAUUAUUUUCUA